ACCCCUUCGCAUCAUCAUUAUCGUCUUUGAUAAUAUUAAUUCUUAAUUGUUUAUUUUUCCCUGCUCUGUAGUAGCAUAUAAACAAACUUCAAAAGACUUCAUUUUAUGUUAAUACUUAAAUAAUUACUACCGUAAGUGGACUUAAUAUUCUGGGGAACCGAAAUUGAGGAAAAGCUAAUGCAUGGCCGUCAAGUCUAGAGUGAGUGAUAAAUUGGAACUGUCAGAGUUUUUCGAUAAUGAAGACAGCGAUGGGUACCGCUUGGCUGAAUUUCUACAGAAACGGCGUGGGCGUGUACCGCGUCAAAAUUAUCUUUUUAUGAACUGUGAGCCCCUUCGAUUAAGUUUGGACGUACAGUUUGAGAAGGCUCCUCAGAAGCAAAAUAUAAAUACAGCAGAGAGCGGAAAAACUCCGGCACCAUUACAAGAUGAACAAAAUGAAAAUUUGGGCCCUACUAAUUGCAGUGCAGAAAUCGAUGCUCGACAGAGGCAUUCUCCCACGGCAAACGCGAGGGAAGGGGAUAGCGCAGAUCGUGCGAGUCCUUCGUCGCCAUUAAAUCAACUUAAGAAGAUAAGCCCCCGAAGAUUGGGCGUGGUACGCAGAAGCGGAGGAAUUUCUCCAGGAGAUAGACUGCGACGGUACAGUUUCAAAUGUGCAUCGAGACUUAGUGCCGGCCACCGUAGGACUUUGUUGCAUGAGUUUGACAGUACUGUUUCGGACUCGGCGUUCAACCCCAAUGUUUGCAGCACCCCAUUGUCGCAGGAAGCUAAGGUUACAGGAGAGACGAAUGGAGAUGAAAAUAUUGUUGCUAGCCCAACUCCAGACAAAGAAAAUUCCACACAAAAUGAAAAAACGUGUUGCAGUCGGAUUGAAACAUUCGAUAAAUGCGUCCACAGCAAAGAUGAAAACUUGAGAGAGAUGCUGGAGGCUACACAAAAAAUGUUGGAGGCUACACAGCAAAUGUCAAAGGACAAUUUACCAUGUAGUCCCGCAAGGUCAAAGACUUCUUCAGCAAGAAGAACAUAUACUAUAGAGAAAGGUGAUAAACCGGGCCAAGUCAUUUUAACACCAGAGUCCUUGGGUGUAUCAAAUAGAAAAAGACUUACUCGAGACAAGUCGUUGGAUGGCAUUAGUUUAGCUGCUGGAUCUUCACGGGCUUUAAGAAGACCGGCAAUUUUAUCAAAACUUGGUAAUGUGUCAAUGGAUAUAAGCAAAUGCAGCAGACUGCAUUCGACUCGACAAAAUUCUGUUUUUUAUGACUUACAAAAUGAAAAUGACAGUGCAAUGGACAUCACUUUGACAGGAACCAACAACCAUAGUGCCGAAAUCAGGAGCCAGUCAUUGUCGCCCCACAGGAAUUGGGCACAAGCAAAACGUCAGACAAACACCAGUGUAAUGAACAUUACUCUUGGGGCCAAUAAUGCUUUAAGUCCAGAUCAUGUUCGUAGCGUUUCAUUUCAAAAUGAAAAACUGCCCUCAAGGAAUCAGUCCCAGAUUACAAUACGGCUGGAAAAUCCGCAAAUGCAAAAUACAGAAACCAAUAAAACCCUGGCACAUAAUGUAUCCGGAAAUCUUACGAUUGAGACCUGUCGUACUUUGAAUAAUUCCAGGCGGUCCGAACCUCCAACUAUGUUGUGUGGAGAAAUUCCCGUCACACAAUAUGAUGAUGAAAUAUUUGUUCCAGAAACCCAAGAUGUUAAUGCCACCUCAGAUAAAAUCAUCUCCAUACAGGGGGGGAAAAGUGUUGUAGUUAUACCAGUCAAUCAAACGUUUCACAACGCUUCGUCUGCUGAGGCGAAUAACAGUUCUAAGCUAACAAAUAACACUAAAGAAAUUUGCACUGCUUCCAGGCCGGCAGUGGCGGUAAGUGGGGGAGCAGGAAACGUUCAACCGAGUAAAGGCUAUUCUGAUGAAGCGGAUAAUCUCAAACUUACUGACAUACUAACAGACGAUGAGGAGCCCUCGGCCAGCGCAGCCACCAUUAGAUCCACGGGAAAUAACACCCAAUCUCCCUUAAAUCUUGCCGCUUACUCCCACAGGGGGCGCACCAAACGUCUUCGAAAAAGGUCUCUGUCCCGACGUCGGUUGGACAUGGACCGCUCACAAGCCUUGACUACCGAGACGGAAAUAGAGGAGAUGGCUCCUCUAGCUUUGAAUGACCAAACGGCGAAACGAAAACGCGUUUUAAGAAAAAAUCAAUUACCUUUGAACAAGCCACCAGGUAUUCCCUUGAAUGGCGAGAAGUUUGCCCUCGAAUUGGCUCGUAUGAGCAACUAUGAAAUCAUAGAUUUGCGAAAACGCAACUCCAUGGGUCGUGUCUUCGCUGUAAAUGGUCGUAAGUCCUUGCGGUCCAAGGAGCAAGCCAUCAAGAAACAGAUGCAGCUAAGUGACGAAAUUGAACAAGAGUUGUUAAGAAGAAACACCGAGCCCACACGGAGCGACGAUGACAUGCAAACAUCGGAUGCUACUAACAAUGUCGGUAUUGAGUUGUACCCCCCCGUGCCAGAUGAAUUUCGAGACGCCUUACCAAUACCUAUGGGAAACCUGUCCGAUUCUUUAGCCCAUGAAAAGUCCAGCGAUCGAGUAUCAUUUAGAACUAGGAAAUCAGGACAAAAGAAAAAAGAUAGGAGUACGAAACAAAUACCAGAAACAUUACAACAUUAUCUGGAGGUAUCGCAAAAAUACAGACAGAAGAAAACGGAUAGUCUUUCGGGAAAGAAAUCAAAACCACGUCCACUAUAUUCUCGCGGUCUAUCUGAUACAGAGGACAAUGCAUUUGACAACACUCAGGGAAGGUCGGACAAAUCAGAUAAAUCACAUUUACCUAUACCUUAUGUGCCCUCUCCUCCGAAGUCGACUAGUUUUAUGUCACCUGAAAUAGUUCCACCCCCCUCUCCUUUUGUGGCAAGUCAAAGUGUCGGCCAACAGCUCAGAAACUCCGAAGUCGAUUCCGAUUCAGGAAUUGAUACAAAUGCUAUUAAUGGGGGAAUUAAUGCUUCAGUUGCCAAUGCUGUACCCAGUGAAUCUGGCGUAACUAUAGACGAUGGAUUUAAGAAGCCUUUGCAACCAGCACCAAAAAAUAGAGGGCGAAAAAGAAAUGAUGCAACUAAGUCGAAUGUGGCUUCAAGAAGCGAAGAGGGAUCUAAUGCUGAAUCAUCAGAAACAACAGAUGGUGCAAACAGCAGUGAUACACUUCGUAGAUCGAAGCGUGAGCCAAAAAAGACGCCAGUACCCAUGUUUCAGGUCAUGUUCCAGCAAUUGCUUACCAAAAGCCUUAGAGCAAGUGAGGCAAGGAUCACAAAAUCGAAAAAUAGUUCUGCUGUCAAUGGUGGCAAAUCAACAUCUAGAGGGAGGAAAAAGAAGCCGUUGGAAGCUAUUUCGGAAGAUAAGGAUCUUGGCCAUAUUGCGAAAGCAUCUAAAAAGAAAACUAGAGAAAAAAACAAAAAUAAAGGCUCUCAAGAAAGUUCGGACAAGCGAACAACUCAAGAUGAGGAGUCUUUGGAAUGCAGCCGUAUUAAGCUACCAAACCCUCCACCACUUGAUCAUUUCAACAAUAUUUUCGAUCAUCUACGAAAUACCAGCAUUGAGUUGCCGUCCGACAAGGAAAAUAAACAAGACAACAAAGACCAAACAAAGAUGAAAAAAUUAAAAAUCCGCGUGGCCCGCGUAAAGCAAAAAGUAGCCGACAAUAGAAAUCUGAAACCUGGUCUAACACCGUUGACUUCGCAAAGGACAGAGCCUAAGUCGCCAGCCAUGAGUAACAUUAGCCAAACACCAAUGGCUUCGAGCUCAGUUUCAUCAAGUGCCGACACUAAUACCUCGAAUUUCGAACUAUUAUCAUGGCUCAAGAAUAUAACCGAAACAGAAAGCGUUCCACGAAAGGAUGAAAUCUUCAAAGAAAUGAGAAUAUCCAGUGCUUCGAGUCUUUGCUUUUGCGAGUUGCAAGGCAUCGAGUAUGCCUUCUACGAUACAGACGAAAAGGCCAGUUUGGGUUAUUUAAGAUUCAAGCCGAAGCAAAUAAAACCCAGGAAAAGGGCAAAGAAAUACCAUUUACAUUUCAUAACGUUGGUGGGUAAUUUCCGAAUAACCGCCAACGACAAGGAGAGGCAGGUUGGUCCUGGAGACAUGGUAGCCAUAGAAAAAUCUGUUUACUACGACAUUGAAAAUUUAUGCGAUGAUGUCGGUAUUCUUAUGGUUGUUAAAAAGUAGUACGCUUGCUUGCAAAUGUUUGUAGAUGUUUUGUGUAAAAUAUGUUCAUUUAUUUUUUAUUAUUCUUUCUUUUUGAACAAAUUAUAUAUAUAUGUAUGUGUUUAUGGUAAAAUUACAUGUUUCGCCAAAUGUAUUGUCUCUCAAGAAUGUAUCGAUGAUGAAUAAACUCCUUAACUUGA